GUGGGCUAGCUGCGUCUAACAGUAUCAUUUCUCACAUGUGCUUUAUGGACGAUGUAGCAUUGCCUGUCACAUUAGAAGAAAGUGUCGGGUUCAGCCUCGGUCUACCACAUCCCACUCCAGGAUUUCAUUCAAGGCGAUGGAGUGGCAGGUCAUACAGCAAGCCAAGGAGGCCUUUGUGAGCGGCAGAAGUCGUCCUCUUGACUUCAGGCUGAAGCAGCUUCAGGCUUUGCAGAGGAUGAUCACUGAGCGCGAGGCUGAGAUCACCACGGCUCUCAAACAGGACAUCAACAGGAGCCAGUACGACACGUCACUUUUGGAGCUGAUCGGUAUCGAGAACGAGAUUAACUUGGCGCUGGACAAACUGCAAGAGUGGACGUCAAGUCGGCCGGUAGAGAAGAAUCUUCUCACCGUGUCAGAUGAGGCUUACAUCCGCCCAGAACCACUGGGCCUGGUGCUCAUCAUUGGAGCCUGGAAUUAUCCGUGGGCCGUAACGCUGAUACCCCUGGUGGGAGCCAUUGCUGCAGGCAAUGCAGCUGUGGUGAAGCCGUCAGAGAUAAGUGGUUGCUCAUCGCUCCUCCUUGAGACCCUGCUGCCUCUCUAUCUGGAUAAGGAUCUGUACCCAGUGGUAACGGGCGGUGUGGCAGAAACCCAGGAGUUGUUGAAGCACAGAUUUGACCAUAUCUUCUACACGGGAAGCAGUCUGGUGGGCAAAGUGGUGAUGGAGGCUGCAGCUCGACACCUCACCCCAGUGACUCUGGAGUUGGGAGGGAAGAGUCCUUGCUACAUUGACAAGAACUGUCACAUCAGAGUCGCCUGCCGUCGUAUUACCUGGGGAAAAUUUAUCAACUGCGGUCAGACGUGCAUCGCUCCAGACUACAUCCUCUGUGAGCCGUGUAUUCAAGGCCGCGUGGUGGAAAGCAUCCGGCAAACUCUCAUGGAGUUUUAUGGCCCUGAUCCCAAGUCAUCACCAGACUAUGGUCGCAUGGUGAACCAGAAGCACUUCAACAGGGUGGUGGGCCUGAUGGAGGGUUACGCCCCCGUGCUAGGUGGCCAGUGUGACCCAUCAGAGCGCUAUAUCGCCCCCACCGUGCUGAAGGAUGUGCCCCCUCACUCCCGGCUGAUGCAGGAAGAAAUCUUUGGUCCUCUGCUGCCCAUCGUGACUGUGAGCGGCUUGGAGGAAGCCAUUCACUUCAUCAAUGAGAGAGAAAAGCCUUUGGCGCUCUACAUAUUCUCCAAUGACAAGAAGGCCAUAAAAAAGAUGAUUGAGGAGACCACCAGUGGAGGAGUGACAGUCAAUGAUGUGAUGAUGCACUACACGCUCAACUCACUCCCUUUUGGUGGUGUUGGUCAGAGUGGUAUGGGCUCCUAUCACGGCAAGCACACCUUCGAGCAGCUGAGCCACCACAGGGCGUGUCUCCUGCGAUCCCUCGCCAUGGAAAGUGUCAACCUCUCCCGUUACCCGCCUCAGGAUCGCAAGCGUGCAAGCAGAGCCCGCAUGGCUCUCAAGUCGCCCUUGAUUGACCUUUCCAAGAAGACGUACAUCUGGGCUGUCACGGCGACCGUCAUUGCCUUUGGCCUGCUCAUCACGCUGCUCGUCAUUCUGCUCAUCGCCGCAGGCUUGAAUUGUACCUGCUGGUACUGGAGGGGCUUUUAUAACUAGACAGUCACUCCCACGGGACAUUUGCUUUCUUUUAAUGUAAUUAUGUGUUCCACUGUACAUGUACAACAAUGGAGUGCUUUAUGAAAAUGUCUACACCAGGGGUGUCAAACUCAAUUUACUUGGGGGCCGAUGGAGGAAGGGUCGCAUGAAUUAUUGGGAGUACAGUAGGGCUGGGAAUCUCAGGGUUCCUCACGAUACAUACGAUACGCAGUGCAUGGCUUACGAUGACAAUAAUAUCUCAAUACAGUGAUAAGGUGAAUCAAAAAAAUCUCUAAUGUCAUCUCUUGCAUUUUGCUGCAUUUAGCUGGGGUAGGCUCCAGCUUACCCGUGACCCUAAUGAAGAAAGACGGUAUGGAAAAUAGAUGGAAUUUUUGCAGCAUAUUUUAAUCAGAAUACAAGCAGCAAUGCUGCAAAAAGAAUUAGACCGUUUUAGUCUAACAUAGUAGUGAGUAGUGAGAGACAGAGAAUGACCAAGUAAGUUUGAACAGCACGACAACGUAAACACACAUCUCUUGAUUGAACAACACAAAAUUUAGCAUUUGAAUAGAAAAUUUAACUCCAUGAAUAUGAAUAUCUUUUUUUACAAAGCGAUACCUAUAACUUAUAGGUAUAUAACCUAUAACUCAAGACUGAUAUGGUACCGAUAACUUUAUAUCUGCUUUUCCUUUUCGAUUUAACUGUAGUUUGUGCACACCUGAAAAUAAGAAGGAUUGGAACAAAUUAGGAUUUGGCCAACUGCACCCAACUGGUUUGUCCUAAUCAAAUAUAAUGACAUUACUACUACCACAUCACUACUACCAGGAGAACCACAGUAUAGAGCGGAGGGAGCCACCUGCUGUGGCCCAGAAAAGUGCACUAUAUUCGGACACAUGCUCCGAGUCGCCGGUGUGACACCAUGGAGGUCUCUGGCAAAACUUUUGUAGUUUUCAAAGACCAUGGUGCUGGCGUUUCAGGUGGCUGAUAAGGUUUUUUGUGUGCUGGAUGUUUUUUUUCCCCCCCUCAUUGCAGACCACUUGGUACAACUAGCACACAAAACGUCUUCCUCGGAAAGUGAAGUGUUUAGAAGUGAGCUCAGGGGAACGUUACGACAGGCCGUUAACGUACCGGACAGGAGAAAAAAGAAGCGCUUGAUUUGCUCACCUACACAGUACGGGUAAUCUCGCCUCAGCGGAGCGUUUUUUAAAAUGAUCAGUUAUCAGAGCGAUUUUUAACGUUAUCGGAUUUACUGGUAUGAUGUCAUAAUUCCCUCAUAUCGGUCUGAUGAUUAUCGUGCGCCCCUAAUUUUAACUAUGCUGGCGUAUCAUUCCACUCUUCAUCGGUGUAUACUCAGCAUUUAUUUGUUUUUUUUUCUUCUGCUUUCAUUUCUUCCUCUGUGGUUUCCGCCUAAUUUUCCAGUGCUGUUGUGAGGAGCUCGUAGGUGACAUGUAAAAUGCUCACUCGAAAUUUAUAGAAAUUCAUAGCGGCUAUAUCUUAUUAAAAAUAAUUAAAGAGUAGUUGGAUAUAUAGAUAUUUUGUCACAACCAUAAUCUGGAGUGAUUUUGUGUUUAGGCUUGUUGAUUAUUCACCAUAGUAGUACUUGUAGUUGCCCUAUGUGCGUUUACUUACCUGUUACAUGUUGUGCUGUCGCGUGUGUGUGUGUUAGCACCGCAAUUGUAGGUAGUGCUCAGUCUAGUGACACCGACAAGGUGACAAGUGAUGUGAAAGUCAAUUACUUUAACUGACUGGAGUUUUAAUGAGUCACUUACUAAAGUGAAUCGAGUCGUCGAUUCACUCGAGUUGGGUGUCACAGCACGCAUGCGCAAAAGUUAAAAAAAAAACCCUCAAACGGAAACUCCCAGAGAUUAUAAACGCACUAACAAAACACCUCAUUGAGAUGAUUGACCCGUUGUAGCGAUACUUUUGGAUGUGGAAGAUGUGCCCCUUAAACAAAUGCAAGAAAAUAGAGCAAACUGAAUAAAGAGUCUUUCUACAAAGUUUUUGGAGGCUGGUUUCACCGUGGGAAUCCACAGUAUUAUGUCACAGCAUUUAUGCCACAAAGUAAAUGAAAUUUUUCUGUAAAAUUAUGUUAUAAUGGCCAAAUACAAUCAAAAGUAUUUUUUCAGGCUUACCUGUGAAAGGUAAUCCCGUGAGAUCUUGUUUGGACUGUAACCGGUUGGUACAAUUCCAUGCAAAACAUAAAUUAGGCGGCUUCCCCGUUCUCUCUUUGCCACAUCCAAUAUGGCGGUGACGUCGACGUAUGAUUCGGCGCCUAAUGCGGCGUCUCCGUCACCAGAGAAACUCGCACUUGCGCCUACCCGACUCACUACACUCGUGAGCCCACGUCUCCUUCACGAUUCACUCAUCCGCACCCUCAUGCGGCGUCAGAGAGUGAGUCUGGGUUUGCGAGUUCCCGGGUUCGAGUGCUCAGCUCGGCGUGAGCGAGCGCGCAGCUCUGACAGGAACAGGAAGUGGAAAUGAGAGUUGAUUUGCGGCAAGAAGCAAAUGUGUUGCUUUUUCCACGGGCUUAAUACAGUUAUAGAAAUGCAUCAUGCUUAGGUCAUGCAUGCAAAGUUAUAAAACAUUUCAAAAUGUACCUGCAUUUGUUUUGUGACUCAAUUCCAUUAAAAAGUCAGCUUGUCCACUUCUAUAUUUCUUAAAAAUAAUGUUUAAAUAUCGCCUGGUCUUGUGAAUUGAGUGCACGUCGACACCCCUAUUUUUUGCGAUUGUGUGGCUGAAUAGGUGUUAAUGUGGCUUGCCUUUCCACAUUAAAUGUCUGUUCUUGCUCUUAAAUUUUGUGAAAUAAAUUUGUAAAUAAAUACUUAUACUCCAGACUGACUUAUAGUUGGGAAAAUACAGUAAGGUAACUGAUGUGAGAGAUGUGUGAUGUUACGGUACAGUAUAUGUUACAUUGUUCAUGAUAAAUGUGUUCGUAACUUGACACUUUUUUCUGUAGUACAAAUGCACUUUAAAUUGAACAAAGAACAUAAAUUGCAAAUCAUUUUUGAAAGAGUGACAGAGUGGCUUAUUAGCAUUUUUGCUAUUGUGCAAGCCAGGUAUUGAUAUUUUCCUAGCUUGUUUCCGAUGAAUUGAUUGAAGAAAUAUAGUAAGAGGAGAUUAAAUGUAAUAUUUGACAGCCUAUUAAAGCAUUGCAAUUGCUGGAUGGAUUUAAAAUUAGCUUUAUUGGCAGUCCAUCAAGACACAGGGCGGUCUUCCACCCAAAUUAAGGCCCUUACUGGUGCCGACUGCAGCACAAUAACCAUCAGACGGCAUCUGCGGGAAAAAGGGUUUAAAAAACAAAAAAACGAAUUCAAAGACCUCGUCUCCUUCAAUGCCACAA